CGUUUUAACACCGUUGGAUCUACAUCUAUCCUUUUUCAAACACCAACUAGCUCUCCAGAUCACUACUGAACUAAAGUACUUGCCUAGACUAUUACAACAACUGCAGAUUUGAACAACGAGUGUUCUGUUUCUUCGAACAGGGAAAUUUAAGGUGGAGUUGUGACUUUUUUCCUGUUCUCAUGGGGGCUGGGGAAGAGAACACACCCUCUAAGCAAUCUAAACCAACUGCUCCAGUUCAGGAGGUACAGACACCGCCUUCAUAUCCAGACUGGUCAAGCUCUAUGCAGGCCUAUUAUGGUGCUGGAGCUGCUCCUGCAUUCUAUGCCUCAACUGUUGCUCCUCCAACUCCCCAUCCCUAUAUGUGGGGAGGUCAGCAUCCUUUAAUGCCACCGUAUGGUACUCCUAUUCCAUAUCCAGUAUAUCCUCCAGGGGGGAUGUAUGCUCAUCCUAGUAUUGCUACGAAUCCUAGCAUGGUACCAACCGCGGAAUCAGAAGGAAAAGCAGUUGAUGGGAAGGACAGAAAUCCAACCAAAAAGUCGAAGGGAGCUUCAGGAAAUGCUAGUUCUGGUGGUGGUAAAGCUGGAGACAGUGGAAAGGCCGCCUCAAGUUCAGGAAAUGAUGGCGGCACACAAAGUGCUGAAAGCGGAAGCGAUGGAUCAUCGGAUGGAGGAAGUGAUGAGAAUACUAACCAUGAAUUUUCAACUGGGAAGAAAGGAAGUUUUCAUCAGAUGCUCGCAGAUGGAGCCAGUGCACAGAAUACUGUAGCUGGUUCAGUCCCUGGGAAUGCAUUGGUUUCUGUACCCGCAGCUAAUCUUAAUAUUGGAAUGGACUUGUGGAAUGCUUCUCCUGCUGGAAAUGGAUCUCUAAAAGUGCGUCAAAAUCCCUCCGCUGCUGUUGUACCAGGAACAGUGAUGGGUCGCGAUGCGAUGAUGCCUGAUCAGUGGGUCAAUCAGGAUGAACGUGAGCUGAAGAGACAAAAGAGGAAGCAAUCUAACAGAGAGUCUGCUCGGAGAUCAAGAUUACGGAAGCAGGCUGAGUGUGAAGAGCUACAGGGAAGGGUAGAGACGCUUAAUAAUGAAAACCGCAGUCUCAGAGAUGAGCUGAAGAGGCUGUCUGAGGAGUGUGAGAAAGUUACAUCAGAAAAUAAUACAAUAAAGGAAGAGUUAAUCAGAGUUUACGGUGCAGAUGAGGUUUCUAAACUUGGUAUUCAAUCUUUCGAUGACGGAGGUGACAGUUAACACAUAAAAUUUACUUGUUUUACUUCGUCUGGUGAAGCAGAAACUUCUUUAAAGUUGAUUGCAGAACCUAUGGCUUAGAUUUAGUUAGUAGGCAAUGCUUGUCCUCACUAAUACAUGAACUUUUCAGUGUAAAUUUGCUUUUACUACCUAUGAGAUACUAACAUGAGAGAAAGCUCUCAACUUAUGCUUCAUGUUGUAAUAGCAAUUAGACGAGAAUGAGAAGACGUCUCAUUUUAUAACCAAUUUUGAAGCAUGUCUUUGUUGUA